UACAUAUCCCUUAAUCAUAUAUACUAGGAAAGUAAUAGCCACAAUUUUAGUCAGUUGUUUUUAAUACUGUACUCAAGAAUAAUGUAUAGAAGAUCAUCAUUUAGAAACUCUUCAACAACUGGCAGCCUUGUUGUUAAGAGAUCGACUGCUGCUCCAAAGCCAACAGAAGUAGCAGCCGCACCACCACCACUAUCAUUACCAAUAUUGCCUCACUCUCAAUCAACUAAAAUCGUACCAAGAAGUCAUAGUAGUAGAGGUACUCAUGAAUAUGAUCAUCAGUAUGACCUGCAGAUAUCGUUACAAAAACAGGCUGCUAAGCCUAUAAUUGAAUUUCCAGUGUCCCCUGAUGCAGAUGCUCUACUGCUGGGUGAAGGUAUUACAACUUCAAACCACCCACAACAUAGGAUGGUCCAGGUGAACCUUCCGAACCCCUUUACUUGUAUGGGUUGUAAGGAGUAUGGUGCUGGCUCUCGUUUUACCUGCCAACAAUGCAACUUCGAGCUUCAUGACUUCUGUGCUUUAGCCCCUCCUGUCCUCAAGGCCCAUCCUCUGCACUCUCAGCAUCAGCUUGUGUUCACCCCGAAACCUGGUAAAGGAGGACUCUUGAGAUCAAAGUGUGAUGUGUGUGGAAAGUCUCCAAAGGGAUACUUGUUCCACUGCAGUGCCUGCAGCUUUCAAUUACAUCCUUGCUGUGCCAUGCUGUCAGCUAAGAUGAAUUUUCCAACCCACCCUCAUUCCCUUGUCAUCUUACCAGUCACUGCUUUAUCUACUGGUCCAGGCGAAAUGAUGUGCAGCGAGUGCAAGAAGAGAAGACCAGGGAAAGUUUAUCAAUGCACUGUGUGCGACUAUUAUCUGCAUGCUGUGUGUGCAAAGAGCAUGGUUAAUGGCCUCCAUGCCAACGGCAUCAAAGGCCUUGAGUUUGAGAAACCCAACAUGUUUGGUGUGGCUGCUAAAAUUGCAUCCCACGUUGUUGUUGGACUCAUGGGUGGACUUGUGGAGGGCGUAGGAGAAGGUUUAGGCGAAGCUCUCACUCAGAAUGUCCUCAAAGGAAGAUGCAACAGUACCGGGAGACCCAGGACUUCCGGGUAGCUACUGGCUAGCUACCUGUAUUAAGUACUGUACUAUGUAGAUGCAAGUGUGUAUGUUUGUGCAGAUAUGUACACAAGAUUAUUUCCAGCAGUAGCUUAUAGGUUGUGUCAAAUAUACUGCUGGUGUAUCAGUCUUUCAAUUUUUGCUUGGGGUGGAUUCAAUAUGUUAUUCUGUAUAUUUCUUAAUUGCAACUAUUAAGUCAAUGAAAAGAGCUAGUCACUGUUGCUGACCUACAUAUAUGCUGAUAAUAUACAGUAUU